UGCUUCUAUCGAAAAUCUGCGAUACGACGACCAGUUUUGUGACAAAAAUGAACGUCUAAAUAGUCUGUUUUGCGUAAGGACGAUUUUUCUUUUGAAUAUCCGCUCUUUAUCGAGUAGAGAUCCGGUGAAGGACAUUUUUCAAUGGAAGAGGAAAAUUAUCGAGGGAAUGAUGAAAUGAUGGCAAGACUGGUUUGUUUGGAAACGGGUGUCUGAGAGUCGAGACUGUUUCUCGCCCGUGUCUUACGACGAGUGUCCGACUGGGCUCGUCUCAAAGCCGGCUUGGUUUAUUUAUUUGUUUUUCUUCUCUAUUUUCUUUCUCUUUCUAUUUUCACUCGUCGGGCUGCGGUCUCGCCCUCGGCCGAGAUGAGCUCCUCGCUCGCCGAGACGAACGUCGGCUCAAACAUACCGCUCGAAUCCGUGAAAGUGGUCGCCGAGAGCAUCGGCAUCAGCACCCUCUCUGACGAAGCGGCCAAGGAACUCGCGGACGACAUCUCAUUCAGGCUCAAACACGUCAUUCAGGAUGCCGCAAAAUUUAUGCACCAUGCAAAACGUCAAAAAAUGAUGACCUCGGAUGUGGAUCAUGCGCUCAAAAUUAAGAAUAUCGAGCCUUUGUAUGGGUUCUAUUCAAAUGACCACAUUCCGUUCAGAUUUGCAUCUGGUGGUGGGAGGGAGUUGUACUUCAACGAUGAAAAAGAAAUAGAUUUGUCUGAACUGAUUACUGGCCCACCGAUCAAAUUGCCACUCGAGGUUUCCAUUAGAGCGCAUUGGCUUUGCAUUGAUGGAGUGCAGCCGACCAUCCCAGAGAAUCCACCGCCCGUCUCUAAAGAGAUGCAGAAAGUCGAGGCCAUUGACCCCAUAUCGAAACUCAAUAAAUCAUCAUUGGAAAAGAACGACACGUCCGGGAAGCCGACCAUCGGAAAAUUCCAUAAACUGCGUAACGUCGAGACUGUUCAUGUCAAGCAGCUGGCCACGCACGAACUCUCUGUAGAGCAGCAGCUUUACUACAAAGAGAUCACCGAAGCGUGCGUCGGGUCUGAUGAGGCCAGGAGAGCAGAAGCACUCCAAAGUUUGGCCUCUGAUCCCGGUCUCCAUGAAAUGCUUCCUAGAAUGUGUACAUUUAUCAGUGAAGGCGUUAAGGUCAACGUAGUUCAGCAUAAUUUAGCUCUCCUCAUCUACCUCAUGAGAAUGGUCAAGGCUAUAUUAGAAAACCAGUCACUUUAUUUAGAAAAAUAUCUUCAUGAGUUGAUACCAUCAGUAGUGACUUGCAUAGUGAGCAAACAGAUGUCCAGGAUGGAGCUGGACAACCAUUGGGCUUUGAGGGACUUUGCGGCCAAACUGAUGUCGCAAAUCUGCAAGAAUUUCAACACGUCGACAAACAACAUACAGACGAGGAUAACAAGAAUGUUUGCUUCGGCAUUAAGCAAUGAUAAAACGCCGCUUUCAUCAUUGUACGGUGCUAUCGUCGGUUUGAACGAGCUAGGAAGUGAUGUCGUGAAAAUUUUCAUCUUGCCCAAAGUCAAAAACCUCUUAGAGAGGAUCGAACCUUUUAACAGAAGUGAAAAAAUUGCUGUUACGCAUAUCAAGAGUUUAUUAGUCAAAUUGCUAACACCCAUUCUCAAAUCAACAAGAAGCCCUCCCGACAACUAUGAAGAAUACAAAGCGGAAUUUGGUUCAUUAGGAUCAAUUUUACAUUCUGCAGUAGUUAAAGCGAGGAUGUCUUCAAACCCGGCUCAACCAUUAACAGUGAACCAGCCGACGAUAAUACAAUCAAGUGGGAACGACUUACUCCUGGCGCACCAACCACCAGCAAGGACAAUAGUAGUUGGCAACUCCAACCAGCCGCACAUACCGAACGUUGCAACUGGCAACUCGCAGAAAUUUGUCAUUGUCUCACGACAGCCAUCUUCGCCUUCACCAACUCAGACCAUGUUACGCUUAACCAAGACUGCUUCUCCAUCCUUUAAUGAGAUUAUUCAAUCAAUACCUACAAAGCAGAUUACUCAGCAGCAUCAUAACAUUAAAAUAGAAGAAGACCACAUUUAACAAUUACUUUAUUUAAGUACAGACUUCAACUGAAAUGAUAGAAGCUUUUUGUAAAUAUUGUAUAAAACAAAAUAUGUUAGUAUUAGUUUGAUCUAGAAUUACUUUAUUUUGUAAUUGUAUUUCUAAAUUUAUUAAAAAAAACUUAGGCAAAAAAUCUUCGUUUUUGAUUUUACAGCAAAAAUUGGGGGUGUAAUUAUCAUGUAUUGUUAAGCGGACCAAAGUAUUCUGAAUUGAUUGAAUAUCAAACUGAAUAAGAAUCAAACAAUGAAUGUGCACACACAGACAUCUUGGAAAAACUUCUGUGUAAUUAGUAA